AUGUCUAAGCGAAGCCAUAAUACCCUUCUGAGUACUUAUAUCCCCACGAUAUCUCGUCGAGUGGUGAUCAAUAUCCUAAAACGACUUCCUAAGGUUUCAUUAAUAGAGUUGGUGUACGUCUGGCCCAAACAGAAGAACACCCAACCUCAGUUGGACAAGGAGAACUCCUCCCAGCAGCAACAUCAACUUAACGAAAAGGUUUGUCAAUAUGCUCUUAGUCUUAAAAAAGAUCCUUCCAAAGUAACCAAACUGUUACUAAUAGACAAGAUCAUUUAUGACUAUUGGCCCCAAGGUUUGAAUAUACUACAACUAUCACAAGUAGAUUGUCAGUUAUUGGUGGAUAGACCCAAUUCAUAUUCAUGGGUUCUGUCGACUGUUAAAGAUUCCCAAGAAAAAGAAACUGCCAUUGCCAUUAAUCCUAAACCAUUUCUUAAUAAGUUGGCUCAAGAUUUAGGUCAAUUUUAUCUUCAUUAUUUAUAUGUUUGCAGACAUCCAGAAUAUCCUUUAGUGAUCAUUAGAAUUCAACUCUUUGAAUUCCUUCAUCCGCAUCAGAAUAUUCAUCAUCAUCCGCAUUCAAAAAUCAAUUUAAACUCCCACAAACCAUAUUUCAUUGCCAUUCCAAUAAAUUCUCCUCAUAUAAUUCAUUCUCCAGGUGAUGACAUAGUAACCAAAAUUAUGCUUCAGGCUGUGGAAAGAAACUUACCUCAGAAUCAAAGAAACCCUUACCAUAUUGUUUCAAACCCACUCAAUUCAAUAACAAAAUCCUUGGACUCAAUGUAUAUCUUAAAUGGUAGUUCGAGGUUCGGGAACUCUCUAGGGGCUUGGUCAGCUUAUGCGGACGGGAUUAUUGAUAUACUGCCAUUAUCAGACGGGUUAGACCAUCAUUGUAUAACAAGAGCAUCCAAAGAAUCGUAUACUGAUGAAGAUAAAGCAUUGGUCCAAUUAAAGAAAAUUGCAAACUUACGAUUCAAAGGUACCAUUGACGGGAAAAUGAAAUCAGAUAAAUUCUUUGACCAAUUAGGGCAUAGACAAAAGUUGAAAAGGAGGAGAUUAAUGUACUCCGAUGUUGAUGACGAUCAAUAUCAUCAUGAUGAGGAUGAUAACGAUAAUGAAAAUAUGACUGUCCAAAAUCAAUUCAGUUCAAUCACUCCUUCUAAUUAUGCAGAGUUCAUGAUUAAAGAAGCCAUGGGAAGUUCAAAUAAAAAGUCUUCAAUAACCGUGAAGCUCACAGGAAGUGACGUGUUUGCUGGUCUACAUCAACUUUCUGUCUCCACAACUGUUGAAGAUCAAAUGAUAGUGAAUCCCCGAACCAUACCGUCUUGGUUGACUGGAGAAGAAAAAAGCUGUCGUCUAACAAUUGAAGAUGGGAAAGUUCAAUUAUAA